UGAAAAUCCCUUUGUCUGACACAAUUGAAGAACAAGAAACGACGAAUCAACGAAUCUAAAUCGUGAGAUUUGUAAUCACAUUUUCGGGCGGGAUGAUUGAAAGUUUGUUUUCGUGGACCAGAGACCACUGUUGAAAGAAAUCUGCAUAGUAUGUUUUAUGGCUACUUUUAAGAUACGAUCAUUAAAACAUUUGAGCAAUAAUAUAAUUUUAACCAUCGCUAAAGAAAAUAACUGAUAUGGAGCGGCCAUCGAGGAAGACAAAGCUUGUAAAUUAUUCAGAUUUCCAGGACUUGGCUGAUGAUGAUGAUUUUGCCUCUGUGAAAGCACCACCCAGCAAAAAAGCCAAGGAGAUUGUGAAAGAGCCAGCGCAGGAGAAGAGCAAGAAACCUUCAAACAAGGCCUCCAGUCAAGAGACUAGCUCACAACCCAUAGGCCACAAGAACAGGAAACCAUUGGAUGAGAAGCUGUAUGACAGAGAUUUGGAAGCAGCUCUUACUUUGUCGUUGCUUAAAACCACCGAGAUAAAUGAGGAACAAUGUUCUUAUAAUCCAGAAAAAUAUGUCAAGAAUCAACCACAGAGAGAUUGUGAAAAUCUGGAUCCAUCAUUACGCCUUUCCAACUCCAGUGUGGACAGCAACCUUUUGGGUCUUGACCAGAUCACGAAUGAUCGGGGAUCCCCUUGUGCCCCCUCCAGACAGAGGAAGGCAGCUUCCAAGGCUACAGAGCAGCAAAGGAGCAUGCUGAAGGAUGGCGAUGAGGACUACAAUCCCAAAGGGACACCAGAGAGUGAUGCUGAUUUCAGUGAUCCAGCUGAAAGUGAUGAUGAUGAGUUCACAGUAAAGAAACCAAAGAAAAAGAACACAGAAGACAAGACAGCCAAGAAGAAGCAACCAAAAGCUAAACCAAAGGAAGAAAAGCAGCCUUCAAAACCAUCAAAUACCAAACCACAUUUGACAGGGACUCCCAGUCUAAAAACUCCCAUCUUAGGUAGAAGUCCAACUGCCAAGCCAGCCUCUGUGCCCAAGAGGUCUCCUGGCACUUCUCCUGUCUCCAGAUCUGCAGUCUCUGGUAGUCCAGCGGGGGGCAGAAUACCCAAGUGGAAUCCUCCAGGUCACGUUGGAAGAAGUCCCGGCUCAUCACAGAGUGCCCCAGUGAAGUCUCCAGGGCAGGGUCUAAGACUUGGACUGUCUCGCAUGGUGCGGGUCAAACCCCUGCACCCCAGUGUUGCUAGUCACUGACCCCACCUAUCUAUUAGAGGAGCUCUGUGUAAUUGACAGUUGACCGUUUCUUUUGUAAUCCUCUAGAUCUAUUUUAUGAGGCAUUAGAAUUGUACUGUUAAUUAUUAUUAGUCUGGGGUCGUACAUGCUCUCCUUUUUAUAACAGCUCAUCUUUUGGACCAUUUGACUUAACAAAGGACAAUUCCCAACGUAUACUGUUUAUUGGCCUACAACAAAGCCUUCAGAUUUCAAA